UUUUCGCUUUCUUUUCCGCCGCCGCUUCUCCACCCCGUCGCCGGAAUACGAACCUCCCCCAAACGGCCAAACCCUCGCUCUAUACGCGCGUGCUGCCGCCGGUCUUGUCUGUAUGGACUCGGCGGCUGAGGAGAAGCAGGAGGCCGAGGCGGGGAUGACGAUUGGGGACGUGAGGAAGGACGGGGUGGCUAGGGAGGUGGUGCGGAUGGAGAGGGAGGCGGUGAUCCCCAUCAUCAAGCCCAAGCUCGUCAUGAAGCUCGCCGAACUCAUUGAGCAUGAUUUGGAUCGUAAUGAGUUCUUGAAGCUGUGCAAGAAGGUGGAGUACACCAUCCGGGCUUGGUAUCUCUUGCAGUUUGAGGAUCUAAUGCAACUGUACUCUCUGUUUGAUCCUGUUUCUGGUGAGAAGAGGCUGGAGCAGCAGAAUCUGCCAUCUCAUGAGAUUGAUACUCUUGAAUUCAACUUCAUGACAUAUCUUUUCCAGAUAAUGGAAAAGAGCAACUUCAAGUUGUUAUCUGAUGAAGAGUAUGAUGUUGCGCAGUCUGGGCGAUAUCUUUUGAACCUUCCCAUCACAGUUGAUGAAUCUAAGCUAGACAAGAAGUUGUUGACAACAUACUUUAAAGAGCACCCACAUGCCAAUCUGCCUUCAUUUGCUGAUAAGUAUAUUGUCUUCCGUCGUGGCGUUGGGAUCGACCGUACAACUGAUUACUUUGUCAUGGAGAAAAUCGAUGUAAUCAUAUCCCGAGUUUGGAGGUCAUUGCUAAGCUUUACGAGAAUUGAUAGAUUAUUCUCGAAGAAACCGCAGUCAAAGCCAAGACGUGAUAUUAAGAAGACAGACGAAAUUAUUGAAGACUCAGAAGAACAAGAGCUAUUUGUUGAGCGCAUCCGGCUCGAAAAAAUUGAGCUAAGCAUAAAAAACCUGACGCAUAAGAUGACAAUUCAAGAACCUACAUUUGAUAGGAUGAUUGUGGUUUACAGGAGGGCUGGCACGAAAACUAAGCCUGACCGUGGAAUAUUUGUAAAGCAUUUCAAAAACAUUCCAAUGGCUGACAUGGAAAUUGUUCUUCCAGAGAAGAAGAACCCCACUUUAACACCAAUGGAUUGGGUCAAGUUUCUUGUUUCUGCUGUUAUUGGUUUGGUCACGCUUGUUGGUUCUCUUGAAAUGCCGAAAGCUGAUGUAUGGGUUGUAAUUGCAAUCAUGUCUGGUGUGAUUGGAUAUUGUGCUAAGAUCUACUUCACGUUUCAGGCAAAUAUGACAUUAUAUCAGAACAUGAUUACGAAGUCAAUGUAUGACAAGCAGCUUGAUAGUGGGAAAGGAACACUUCUUCAUUUAUGUGAUGAUGUGAUACAACAAGAAGUCAAAGAGGUCAUAAUUUGUUACUAUAUUUUAAUGGAGCAAGGGAAGGCAACUAUACAAGAUCUUGAUUUGCAAUGUGAAGAGCUAAUUAAAGAGGAGUUUGGCGCUGAGUGCAAUUUUGAUGUCCAUGAUGCUGUAAAGAAGUUAGAGAAGCUUGGUAUCAUUCAUCGGGACUCGAUUGGAAGGAUAUUAUGUGCUCCGUUGAAGCGUGCCAAUGAGAUCAUAGGCACCACAACUGAAGAAAUGGUGUUGCGAGCACAACAAAACUCUGUUUCUUAAGUUCUGCCUCAGAGCAAAUGUAUUUAUCUGUAUAUUAUUAGCACACGCAAGAACUGAGAAGCUCAUGUUCAUCCUGAUGGAAUGAUAUAAGCUCUGCUAUUUUCUCUCAGUAGUGAGUCAAAAUGAGUGUAACUAAGAGUGCCGUGUUUAGGUUUAAAUCUGUACAUGUUACUUGUACAUAUCAAAAUAUAAAUGCGACAGACAACAUGAUGUCUUGUCCCUGAAA